UUCUCUUUCUCUCUUUCCCCUCUCUUUAACUGGCAUUCUGAAUUUAUUCGUUUCUAUUUGAUAUGGGUACUUUUUGUAUUUCAUUUGUGUGAUUUAAUGUGUUUGAUCUUAUACUAUAAUACCCAUAUCAUAUUAACAAUGAAAUUGUGUAAUCAGUGUUUCAUUUUCUCUUAACAUUGUAAAUAUACAAUUAGAUUUGCACCCCUUUGAAUUUGCGCACUUUUCCCCUCCCUACGCGUCCUCCAUCGUCGGCGUUCGCGCCCUUCCCUGCCUGUCGUCCCCUGUGAUUGCAGUUAGAAUUUUGAUUAUAUGUAUAAUUUUAAUUAGCCUAAUUGUUGGAGUAAUUUCUGAUUUUAUAACCUGAUUAGUUUACUUGUAGUGGGCAUACAAAAUUCUUGUUGAUCCAUGUAAUUAUACUUGUUAAUGAUGUGAGUGCGUAGUGGAAGCAAAUUAAAGAGAUAGAUAUUCAGAAAAAUAAUUAGAGUUUGAAAUAUGGUAAGAAAAGUAGUAAAAAAAAUGGACACACAAUAUUUAACGUGGGAAAAUCUUCAAACAAAGGAAAAAAAACCAUAGACGAUAAGUACCCGAAAGUAAUAGGAGAGUACAAGAACCUCAAUUAAGAGGCUGAGUAAUACAAUUAUAACUCUCACUGUAGUACAAACUCACAAAGGAGUAUUACAUAGGACGAAUAGUGAAUUAGAGAGAUUGUGUGUGGAAUGAACACCCUAAGAGUGGUAGAGGAAUGAAACCUCAUUAAAUUUGGAGGAUUAUGUAAUGACUCCAUGGCAUUGUUGGAUUGCAUCCAAUAUGAAUGUUGAGCUCCACAUUUAUAAAACAAUAUAGGCGGUUUAAUUAUUCGACACUAUCAUACUAGCAGGUUGCGGAAAAAUCACCAUAUAUCAAAUGUUCCCAAUCAUAUGAGCUCAAAAGGAGCCAUGUAGCACACCAUUUUCUCACAAUCUUGUUGAUGGUGUAUGAGCUUUGUCUUUGUAUUAGAUGGUCUUGAUUUUGUCAGCAUUUUCUAGAUAAAUCAUGUACUCACAUGAUAAACAUAUUUGAAAGUAUCAUUUGAAAUAUUUUAGUAUUCUAGAACAUGCUAUGGAGCAAUAUAUUUGAUGCUCACCGCCUUACCAAACGAGCAUGUGUAAUUUUGGCCAUAAAUAAACCCAACAAUACUUCCUUAUCUUUCUGAUUUUUGAGGUUGAUAUUAUGCUUCAAGUUCAUGAGUUAAAGGUCAGAUUUUUAUACCACUUUACUUCCUAUUUUGAUUUAGUUUUGAAGUAUGGAUAUGAUAAAAGUAUUUGGAAAUGUUAUUUUUGUAGUUUCAGUUUUAUACUUCAUGUAAUGUUAAGUAAUAAUAAUUAAGAAAUAUGAGUGGUUUUAGAUUCCCAUUUUAGCAUAGUCUUCACUUUUCAAACAUGUUUGAAAGACUUUUUACUAUAGGAAGAAGUUUUGUGUAUAAUUUAAACCUUGAACUGUAUAAAAAUAUCUUCUAGUGAAAUAAAUAUUUUCAAAUUUCUAUAUACUAACUUGAAAGAUUUUAAGUAUGAAUUGAUAAUCUUUGAUUAUUAUUUCUGAAAUAUAUUCUAUUUGUUGUUAUCUAACAACCUUGAACUAUUGAAACUUAAUAAAGAAACAUCGUUACCAACAGAAAGGGCUUUUACUUUGGGAACUUCUAUAUUUGCAAAGGUUUAAGUCACCAAUAGCUUUACUUAGUUUAAUUUUGAGAUGUUGAACACACAGUUCAAUAAAUUGGCAAUGUUACUCUCUAAUCUUUUAAAACCUAGUCUAAAUCUCAUUUGGAGACUAAUUCUCUACUCUAUUUCUUGACUUGUGAAGUUGUGGGUGAUUUUAGGAUAAGCAGAGCAAACCCAAGAGUAGAAAGUCUCUUUUUUUUUUUUUUGAAAGGAAGAGUAGAAAGUCUCUUGUUUGUGCUAGAACUUCAGUCAAGGUAAUCCCAUUCUUUCUCUAGUUUUCUUGAACUUAGCAUUUUGUGAACUGGAAACAUGAUUUUUUGCUGUUCAUACAUGCUGUCUAGAUUUUUAAAGAAGCUCUUAUGAUUUUAAAAUAUCAUCAUUUUAUAAAAAGUAAACUUUUAUUGGUAUUUUGUGCGUUUACAACCUUGAUUUGGAACAUUUAUAACCUGAAUUUUAUACGUAUGUGACUCUAAAACUUAUAUGGAAUAAGUGAAACUUGAUUUGGAACAUUUAUAACCUGAAUUUUAUAAGUAUGUGACUCUAAAACUUAUAUGGAAUAAGUGAAACUAUUUAUCUCGGUUUAAAUAUUAUCAAAUGAGUGUAAAUGUGACUUUGAAACAUUAAACAUUUGAUAGAAUUAGGAUAAUUCGAAUGAUUUGAUUUGAUUGAAUUGGAAUAUGAUUGAUGCUUUGAGUCUAUGUUGCUCAGACUCGGGUACCCAUGUCCGACACGGGUAUGUGUCCAAGUGUUCGACUCGGCUAUUUUUUGAAUUUUUUUCUAUUUUUUAGCCUAAAACAAAGUGUCCAAGUGUCCCACCCAUGUCCGAGUGUCGAAGAUCCGACACGGGUACUUGAGGUGAAAUGAAGAGUCCGAGCAACAUAGCUUUGAGUGAUUAAUAAAACAUGAAAUAAUUGAAUGAUUCAAUAAUUUGAUAAUGAUGAAGAUUAAAGUGAAGAUCAAAGAAUUAUUGUUUAUAGGGUUGUGCUGGUAAGCACACUAGAGGUUAUUGUUGAAAUAUGACCAUUUGGAUUUGUAAACUAGCAUGAUCUCCCGAGUUUACAUUAUGAUAUGACUGGCAAGGACUUCCGGGUCUAUCCUUGUUGAUUUGUGGAUUAGCAGGGACUCCGUGAUCCACAAAUAAAUAAACAAUUGCUUUGAUUCGAGAACAAAAUGGAAUGAAGAAUCGUGAUGAUGUGCUUGAUUUACCUUUUAUUUGAAUCUAUGUUUCUUUUAACAGGUUGGAAUGGUGGUUACCAGCUUCGCUGAUGUUUUCUGUUUUUGUGUGUUGUUCUAUCCUUCGGUAUUGAACAUGUGAUGACCCAUUAUUGGCGAGCAGCUCCUUGGACUUCUCCUGUUAGAAAAGGAGUUCAUACGCUAUAUUUUAGUCCAUGGAAGAGCGUGGUUAUCAUGGAAGCCCUGAUAAGUGCACAUAUUGUGAAAGUUCCUGUUUAUCAUGAAAAGGAAUGUAAUCACUCUUUACUCACAGCUGCUUCCCGAAGAUUAGUCGGAAAGCUACACCAGAGUGUAUUUGGGAUGAUGAAGGACUCCAAACUGACGAACUCAGUUAUGGCUUCAAUCCAGCCACUUGAAGCUUCAACCACAGAACGGUUUGACAGCACACUGCCAUGCAAAGGUUACUGUAUGUUAAACAUUUUAUCAGGAACUUCCGGAGUCAUUUGCAGCAAUCCUGUGAUGACCUCUAGCCUCUAGGACAUUAUUAUGCAUAUCAGUAUGUUUUAUGCUUGAUGCAUAAGAACUGGCCUCACUUUUGCUGUACUUGGCCCAUCACUCUCAUUUGCUUCACUUACAACUUGAUCUCCAUCUUUAUUGUUGUAAUGGUUACUCAGUGAAGUUUUCCAACUCCAGGAUUACCUAGAGAAGAGGCCUCCAAGGUAAGCUGACAGGAAACCUCUGGAUUGAGUAAAUUUAACAAAACAGGUUCCUAUUAGGUUUUACAUAUUGUCUAAAAUUCUAAAUGCUUCAUGCCAAAAACUCUAAGAUUUCGUCCUCUUAACUUUAGCUUGAUUUAUCAUUUACCCGUUUGUUAAAUAUAUUUUUGUAUGGUCAUUUUCUCGAUGAUCACCUAACUUACAGUCUUACAGGGACUUUGCUGCAACUGUACAACAUGUUCAACUGUACUAGCGUCCUUUUCUGUUUGGGAUUGUUUAGUAUUCUGCAUUACUCUAGAUGAAUCGUAGAGACCAUGUAUCAUAAUUCAUAAGUGUUCAACUGGUCUUACUGCAAGCUAAAUAGAAUUGUUGGCUUCAGACCUAUCAAUUCAUUUGACGAAAGUUGCUGGUUCAUAGUUGAGUGAUGUCGGCAAUAAUAUUAGUGUUCCACUAAGUUUCUCUGUUCU